AUGCAGAUCCUUUGCAAGCUCACCGCCGCGGCCCUGGUGCUUUUGUUCGCCGGGCCCUCGCUCGCGGCACCCGUCCCCGCAUCCGCUGUCGUCCCACGAUCCCCGAUCCCUGGCGCCGGCCGAAGCAGCAGCAGCAGGGGCAGCAGCACACGGAGUGGCGGCGGCAACAGUGGCAAGGACGGGCCACAGACCAUACGUUACGGACGCCCGGGCGGCGACCGCAGCAAGAGCCGCAAGUCAGCGUCGUCCAGGACGGCGAAGAAUGACCAGGGCUGGCCCGAGACGACUUCCGGGCCUUCGGGCUCGAGCGGGUAUGACCGUUGGGGCUUCCCCACGGAGCAGAUGAAGAAGGAAUGGUUAGAUGCCUUGGCUCGCAACUUUCCCCCCAGCAAGCCCGGCGACCCUAAGCUCCCUCCGGGGGCAUCCGCCGCCAGUCUGAGCCCCGGCGGGAAGCGAAUCUGGCCGCAAGGUUGA